GAAGUUGGCCCUCUCAACGGUCCAGGUCAGCAAGCACCCUUCAUUGGUUUCACCAAGACUCACCUGACGCAGUCUGUUUCGGACCUUAGGCGUGGGAUGUCUUUGCCCUUAAGACAGUCUCAGACUGGCAAUGUUCAAGCCUUCGUCACAACACCGGACAUCUCUCAGCUACCUCUGCAGUCCUCCUCCUCCUUCCCUGUUCCCUUGGGAUUGCAGGAUUCCCAGCGUCUUUUAUUAGCAAGUUCAGGAGGAAAGGUGGUGUUCCCGGAGAAGGUGACGGUGGUUAACGACGAGCAGACCAGUGACACCAGGACCAGCAGUCUCCGGCCAGUACUCCUUCAAGACCAGCUGCAGAAUCAGCAAAGACCAGCCUCCCCUCCCCCUUCAAGUUCUACUCCUGUGCCUACAAGAAUAUUCCUUCAAGAUGUCCCUAUCCUGAACGAUUCUCCUUUCUUAAGAAGCGAGAACCUGGAAGGAGUAUCUAUUCUUAAAGCUCUCGAAGCUCUACAACCGCAAAACACUAAGGAAUUCGAACCUGCCUUCCAGAAACUUGAGCAGAAUGCCGAAAAAAAUAAUGACAUUCUGAGGUCUUUCAGCAAUACAGCGGCUGUCCCGAAGCAAAUCGAAAAUUUUAGUUUCGAAGUUAAUAAGAAUGCUAUUAAAAUAGUCGAUCCUCCACAGUUUGGUGUACCUGUAAGAUCCAAUCAAUUAGCAUCUUUUACCUCUACUGUUCCACUAUCUCAAUCCAAUAAAGAUAUUCAGCAAAGACCAAACAGAUCUACUUUAUCUAAGAGAACAGAGCCCAGAGAAAUCAAAGCCUUGUCACUCUUCUUCAAAAAACCCUCAGGUUUGUCGAAGGAGCGACAAGUUCCGCCUUAUGUUUGGCUGUGGCCAGGUAAGACCAGGGACACUCGCCUCCCUGAUUUCUUAACCGGACCAGCCACGCACGCUCUCUGAGGCAACAACAAGAAAAAAGGCUUGGAGUUGUUAUCUUACGGAGCUCUUUCCCCCUAUUUAUUUUGAGAAUAAUUAUCUAAAUUUAUAAUCUAAAAAUUCAAACACAGAGUACAUAAAAUAUAUAUA